CAGAUUACGUAACAAAUCACUCGAGAUAUAAUAUCCACAACAGCAGUUCUUAGUAAAAAAGUAAGAAAAAUUGUUACCUCCCACAAUAAAGAUGAUCAUAGACUAUACAAAAUUCUUCUCUAAAGUCACUAAUAGACGAAGAAUAAAUUUAAUUAGAGAAUUAACCGGUCUCUACCUAACAAAACCAAACUGUAUAACUCUGGCUGCCGGUAUGCCAAAUGCCACUACAUAUCCCAUCAAUAAUAUUUCCAUGGCAUAUAAAUAUGAUAUCUCAGUAAAACUAAACGAACAUGAAAUGGCUGCAGUUUUAGAAUAUGGAUCUUCGCAAGGUUACGCACCAUUAUUAGAAAAAUGGAAGGAGUUUCAAAAGACAUGGCAUUCACCAAAACGAAAUGAUUGGGAUGUUGCGUUUACAUGCGGUUCUAUGGACGCUUGCGAAAAAAUAUUUCUAAUGCUGAUUGAUGAGAAUGAUCCAGUUAUGCUUCAAACUCCAACAUAUACAGGUGUUAUCGGAGCGAUAGCACCUCUGUUACCAGAUGUUAUAGAAAUUAAUCAAGAUGGUGAUGGUCUAAUUCCUGAGCAAAUUUCCAAAGAAUGUGAACAAAGACUUAAAGACGGUAGAACAAUGCCAAAAUUACUUUACGUCAAUCCGACAGGAGCAAAUCCUACAGGGGCAGUCAUGUCAGAGAUUCGACGAAAAAAAGUGUACGAAUUGGCGCAGAAAUACAAUUUUCUAAUUAUCGAAGAUGAUCCUUACUGCUUUAUUCAUUAUCUGGAUAAACAGCCCAUGUCGUUUUUCUCUCUCGAUACCGAUGGUCGCGUGAUUAGAAUAGAUUCGUUUAGUAAGGUGAUAAGCGCUGGAUUUCGCAUCGGUGUUACUACAGCGCACAAAGAUAUCAUAAAUAAGUUGAUUGUUCACAUUACAUCUUCUACUCUUCACGCAUCAGCUUUAUCUCAGAUGUUUCUUUAUAAACUCUUUGAGAAUUGGGGACCGCAAGAAUUUGAGCAACAUUUUAAAGAAAUUCAAAAAUUCUACCAAAAGCGACGUGAUGGGAUGCUGACUAUGAUAGAGAAACAUUUAAAUGGUCUAGCAGAAUGGCACAUACCGCAAGGUGGAAUGUUUUUUUGGAUUAAAGUAACAGUUGUGGAUGAUACAAUGGAUUUAGUGAUGAAUAAAUGCAUACCGCAAGGCGUUUUCGUUCUUCCUGGCAAUGCCUUCAGCUAUGAUCCUUUAAAACACGAUUGUCAUUUGAGACUUAGCUACAGCUAUUGUUCACUGGAAGAAAUGGAUAAAGGAUUAUCUAUAAUAGCCAAAAUAAUACACGAAGAAGCAGCAAAGAAAAGCAAUAUUCAAAUACAUACAUAA